CAGACGGACCAAACCAAAAAGCAGUUGGUGGAUCUCCUAGUCUAGUUUAGUCUUUCUAAAUAACAUGAAGAUAUCUGUCACCAAACCUCAACCACAGACAUUCAGUACACUUUUUUUUUAAAAUAUCGGAACAAGAAGAUCAGAUAAGCAUCUGUAUUGUGAGAAAAAUGGACCAGAGCAUGUGAGGAUGUAAUAAAGCAUGUUAACUGCUAGAGAGGACAGCAGGUUGUUUUCAGAAUGAAGUAUUUUGGAUUUGCCUUUGUUCUUUUCCUCGCGGAUGCAGCAGCAGGGUUUGGGACCACCCCACAUCUUAAGCAGAUUGUCACUGGGCGGUGUUAUGAAUAUGUAAUGCUGAUUAACCCCAGCUCCAGGUAUAAUUGUGAGGAGAUCUGGCGGGAGUUUGAAGAGGCUGUUAUCAGGCGAUCUCCUUGUGGCGUGAGAGUUAAAGAUUACCAGAGAAUGUUCCGGGCCAGCGCUCAGAUCUUACCAUGUGACAAGUUGCUCUUCUGGAGUAAGACAAGAGAUCUCAUGCACAGCUAUGCAGCUGUCAAAGGCAGUGUCUGGACAUUAGAAAACACACUGGUGGGAUUCAUGUUCAAUGACCUGAUCUGGUGCGGACAGCAGGACAGAGAGAGAGGUUUCGACUAUCACUCCUGUCCUGAAUGGUCAACAUGUUUGAACCAUCCCGUGUACUCACUAUGGAAGCAAGCUUCUGUGAAUUUUGCAACAGCUGCCUGUGGCAAUAUUACAGUAUUGCUAAAUGGAUCCAUUCAUCACGCUUUUAACAGAAAAAGCAUGUUUGGCAGUGUGGAACUGGACAAUCUCAACCCGAGGAUGGUCUUCCAUGUUCACAUUAAAGUCGUAUACAACCUGGAGGGUCCCUUUGUGGAGUCUUGCACCCAGGGUUCAGUCGUGGGACUCACAGAGGUUUUAACAACACGAGGCUUCCUCUGGACCUGCACAGACAGUGACUUAACACUGAUAAUCCUGCAGUGUAUAAAGAAUCCCCAAUGGGCAGCCUGUCAGAGAUGUUCCAACAGCCUUUAACAGAGAGAGAUGCUAUUUAUAGAGUAUUACCAACUGGACAGCUACCAAAGUGAAUCAAGACCCAAAUGCAAAAUAUAAAUGAAUGAUUCUCACAAACAAUGUCCACGCAAUGUCAAAAAAUUAGAACGAGGAGAAUAGCGAUGGUUCUCAAAUGGCCUAUUUCUCACAAAAUAGCAAAUAAAGUUUUGCUUUAUUCUUUUACAUGGACCAGCCAUAUCAUUUUGUGAAUACACCCACAGUUUGUAAAUAUAUGGCCAUACAUUCAUCUGUUUUAAUCAGAUGACUUUUUCUUCAUAUUUCUGACCGUCUGUAGAGGAAAGCAAUGAAGAUGAGUGGAAAAACACCCAAGAAACAAUAUCAAUAAACUUCAGUAAUUGCUUUUGAUUUAUUUAAAGUCUCAGGAAUAAUAUAUGCAGGUCAGACAUUUGCAUAAAUAUAGCCAAAUUUGCCAUUCACAGACAUGUCUAUAUCCAUGAUUCAUCUCCAUACACCAGCAGGUUUGAUGGUUAUGCUAUGUACAGUAUAUGCUACUGGAGUACAACUACUGUACCAGUAUAUCAUUGUAAACAUCUCUCCUUCACAAGUCACUACUGUUGUUUUAUUCUAUUGACAUGCAUUUAAAAACUUUGUCUUUAGGGCUUAAAGUAUGAAAUGAUUAUUUAAUCAGCUGUGUAACAAUUUUUACAUUUGAUGUUGUGAAUAAAGCCUGUGCUUCAUCAUUUUAA